ACAACUCUUCUCUUCAGCAGACCCAGUCCCCAUCCGUCUGUCAUUGUCUAAUAUCUUGAUAUUUAAAGUUUUACUCUGGAACACGCAAAAGCAAGAUUCCCGCACUUGACCACCUCCUCUCUCGUCUCCUCCCCGCAGACCCACUAGCCGAAGAAAAUGCCAGGGCCAGAGAAUAGCAGCAACAGCCUAAAGGCCAGCGACCAGGACGCCAGCAAGCCAGGAGUGGACUACAAGGCCCAGCUGGACGCUGCGGCGGAACGGGUAAACGAUCCCGACAGCGGACGGAACGGGAAUGGCGGUGUCUUAGAGAGAGUAUCGCACUAUGUGCCCGCGAUCGGGCGCAUGCUGGGCAACGAGGACGAGCCGCCUCCCGCCAAGCCGGCUGCUGAAGUCCCUGGGCCGCCACAGCGGCCUGAGCAUGACCCCCAGAUCCAGGAGUUUGUGCGAGCCCAACACAUGAGCAAGAACAUCAGCGAGGGGUCGGAGUAGAGGCGGGGACAGAGUCUUAGGGCCCACAGCUCGACAAAGAGGGACGACUUCGACAUUGCCAUUGGGAGGUGGAAAGGACCAGGACACGGCGAAAUCAAGACGAUGUGGAAACUCGAGAUUUAGAACCACUCGAUUAUUAUUAUGAUUACGAAGAGAAAUCCAAUCUGAAGCUCCAGCGGUGAUUACCGCCCCCCGAAAACCACCCCCCCAAGAAUGGAAAGAAAACACCUCCAAUCUUGAAUGGAACAAACAGCAUCUCGCCCCCUCCUCAUGAAUGGUGAUCAGACUCUGUACAAACUACAAAGCGACUAAUCAAGAGAAACAAAAGACAACCCCGUAAACAACAUCCCAUCUAGAGGACCAAGAACUGUCCCACCGCGAGCGCGAGGCCAGCCAUGAGGGCGAGGCCCUUCUUGAG